GUUAUACAAGAAAGAAGAAACAUAACCUGACAGUAUUUGUUAUGGUUAUCUAGGUUUUGGUUUAUCCUAUUUAUCUUUAGUGUUGUCGAUGGUGAAAUGGGCAAUGGGAAAUAAUUCUUAUUUAUAUUUUUUAUUUCUCGUAUGGCUAAGUUAUUUAAUUGGAACUUCAGUUAUUCUUUUUACGAAAGGAUUUCUGUUAUCACGGACUGUUCAAAGAAAGAAUUCAACAUGCCUAUCACAUAGUGAAGUACCUUGUACUGAGAGUUUGGGUUACCAUUCCAAUUUUAAUAAUGGGGAACAAUGCUCGUUUGAAGACAAGUUAAGGUCAAUACUCACCAAAUACCAUAGUGCCUCAUCUAUAUGUUUGCCAUCUAGAACAAGAGUUGUGUUACUUAUUGUAGAUGCAUUACGUUAUGAUUUUACCGUCUAUGAUGACGAGAAUACAAAUCCACUGCCGUUUCAAAAUAAAUUACCAAUUAUGAAAAAUAUGCUAAAAGAAUAUCCCAAUCAUAGUAGGUUAUAUAAAUUUAUUGCUGACCCACCAACAACUACAAUGCAAAGAUUAAAAGGUUUAACUACAGGCAGUCUACCAACUUUCAUUGACGCUGGUUCAAAUUUUGCAACAUCUGAAAUAAACGAAGACAACUUAAUAGAUCAACUUUUAAGGCAUAAUCACGGCGUAGUUUUUAUGGGGGAUGAUACAUGGAAUGGUUUGUAUCCAAAUCGUUUUAAAAGAAAUUUUCCUUAUCCAUCUUUCAAUGUUUGGGAUUUGGAUACAGUAGAUAAUGGAGUUAGAGAAAAUUUAUAUCCAGAACUUGGCAAUAGUGACUGGAGUUUGCUAAUUGGCCACUUUUUGGGCGUUGAUCAUUGUGGGCAUAGAUAUGGACCAAAUCAUCUGGAAAUGGAAAGGAAAUUGGGUGAAAUGAAUGAUGUUAUACACAAUGUCAUUAAAAAAAUUAACCAAACAGAAAACAUGAUGCUUUUUGUAAUAGGGGAUCACGGGAUGACAGCAACAGGAGACCACGGUGGAGAGAGUUUGGAUGAAGUGACAUCAGCUAUGUUCGUUUAUUCUAAUCAACCACUAGCAAAUUUUAAAAUUACAACUGAUUCUGUAAAACAAGUUGAUUUGGUCCCAACAUUAUGUUCGCUUUUAGGUGUUCCAAUACCUUUUCAAAACUUAGGGACUCUUAUGUUAGACACUCUUCCAAUUGUUACUAAAAAUGCGGGGUUAAGCAAUUGGCAGUUUACUUUAUACUCCUUGUGGGCCAAUGUCCAGCAAGUAUUUGAUUACAUCAAAGAAUAUGCAGAAAAUGAGGGGACUUUCGACAAAGAAGAAUUAAAAACUUUUCAGCAAAAAUUCUCCAUAAUGAAUGCUAAGAUUAUUUCUAUUGACACCGAGGAGAAAUUUAAGGCGUUCACAGAAGAUGUAGUAAUUUUUUUGAAAAGCUUACGUGAAUUGUGUGAAGCAGUGUGGAUCCAAUUUGAUUCAUAUUCUAUGAUUAGGGGUCUUCUAUUCAUAUUUCUUACGUCAUUUUUCGUAUUUGUGAUAGCAGAUGGAAUGCCUUCUGACAAACUGUCAAAAGUAUUUUCCAGCUCUUUUAUUUUAUGUAGUUACAUAAUAUUGGCUAUUGCUGCUCUGGCUUCUGUUUUGAUAUAUUAUUUAGAAAUGACUGAUGAAUUACUAAAAACUGUUUUCUUUUUUACAGGAUUUGCAUCUCAGGUUAUGCUUGCUCUGUUGGUUGUUCAAAACUGGGACGUUAUAACUUUGAAUUGGUAUUCAAGAAGAAAAGCUGAAGGCCUAUCGAAUUUGAUAUGUAGAUUUGUCUUAGUUUUUAACCUUGGAGGUCUGUUUUCAAAUAGUUAUAUAAUAGAAGAAUCCUUUGUUCUUCUUUUUUUACUGGUAACUGUCGUUUUGAUAGGCUCAUUAGGUAUAACUUCUAAAAAAGUUGAUAUCAAGAAAAAACAAAUCGUUUCAAAAUUUUGGAGUUGGUCUAAAUUGAAGUUUAUAAUAUUAGCUAUUUUUGUAGCUAUUUUUGUUAGAGGUUCCGCUUACUUUUGGAAGUGUAGGCAAGAACAACAGUGGUGUUUUGGUUUACAUCUCAUAGGUAGUAAUAUUUCUAAAGCAGAAACAACAAAGCUGCAAUGGGCUGUUACUGUUAUUUUCUUAGGAAUGUUCGUUUUUUCUACCAAGGAGUGGUUAAGAAAUGCCGGUAAUAUGAAUGGAUAUGCUUUAACUAUAAUAGUAGCCAAAUUUCUGCCUACUACAAUUGUAGUUUGUAUUUCUGGAUAUUGGGCUAUGAAACGGGUUUCUUCUAAUAAAAAGCCUAUAAAUUCUUUAAAUUCCCUUAAUUCUUUACCCUUGGCUGUUUACUUGUUAACAGCUAUAGGAUUAUUCGUUUGUAUACUAAAACCACUAUAUGCAUACGUUUUACCAAAUCAGUCCCAAGAAGCUACUAGUAUCCCCUCGUUGUAUAAAAGAAUUAAAAAUAAUAUUUCGGAAAGAGAAAAACGAAAUGAAGAUAUUCCCAUCGUUUAUGGAAUGGGAACACUGUAUAGUGCAGCCUUUAUUACAAUAGGAGUAUACCUCACAUUAUUGUUUGCUCUCCUUUUGGGAGAUGCAGUAGCUCCAUCUGCUGUUAUUAUGUUCCUGACAGCUGCGUUUAUCUUAAUUGUGACAUCUGUGCUGCGUAUUGAGAAAGCAACAAACAUAGAACAACUAUUUGAUGUUCCUAAUAUAUCCGUACUAGUUUGGAUCAUCUUAUCCCAUUAUUUUUUUUAUGGUUCUGGACAUCAACCUACAUUUCAGAACAUAAAUUGGGACGCAGCGUUUAUUGGAACAUCCGGCAUAUUCUCUAAUAAUUUUAUUCCAGCAACUCUAGUCAUCAUCAACACAUUUUGUUCAUACAUCCUUAUGGGUGUGUUAUUACCUCUAGUAUUAAUCACACCAUUUACAGUAUUUGUAAUGAUUCCAUCUGUCUGCGAGAAGAAACCAGAACUCAGAUUGGAUGCCUCUCGCGGAGAAGUUGUUCUAUUUGAAAGAGAUAAACUUAUGAUGACCUCCAUGUUUGCAUUAGCUUGCAAAUACAUUACUGGACAUGCAAUAAGGGUUUUUGCUAGCAUGUUGGCUGCUACAAUCCAUUGUCGUCAUCUUAUGGUGUGGAAUAUAUUUGCCCCAAAGUUGAUUUUUGAAUCUAUUGGAAUGUUUGUUACGCUAGGAUCAGUAACAGUUGGAUAUUUGAUUUUAAUGAGAAUAAAUAGUCAAGCCGAAAAAAUGAUACAAAAACUUAAUAAAAUGAGUUAACUUAUUUUUGAACACAUAUACAUACAUUGCUUUUUUAGAAUUGUUAUAUUUAUUGUCAUUGUUAAUCACUUGUGUAAUAUAAGGUAG